CGGCGCAGGGCAGCGCAGCUCCGUGCAGUGUGCCCAGGGCUCCCUGGCUCGCUCCCCGCCCAGCACCUGCUGCCCCUCUGACAGCGGGGCUUCCCACUGCCCCUCGGGCAACAGCUAGAAAUGAUCCUCCACUCCAAGAUUCAGUGCUGGCCUCUUUUCUCAUUCUUUGACCAAGCAGGCUGCUGAACUUCCUGUGGGGAUGCCCAGAAAUCAUCUGACAUCAGAUUGUUUAGAAAUGGACUCUGACAUGUCACCCAGCUACAGGCACAGUGACUUGAGCAGAGAUGGGAGUCUGGACAGCAGAAGAAGCAGUUCUCGGUCCAGAAGUUUUACCUUGGAUGAUGAAAGCCUGAAGCACCUUACCCAUGAAGAGAAGGACGUCAUUCUGUUUUUUGAAGAGACAAUUGAUUCGCUAGAAGAUGACUUGGAGGAAGAAGCCCUUUAUGACAGUGGCAUCCACUGUCACUCUCCAAGGUCACUGGAAGAGAGUACUUCCAGUCACUCUGAGCCAGAAGAUAUCAUUGACUUGGUGAAGCCGAUACCUGAGGAUCAAGAAGGGAAAUGCCUUCGGCACGUGGCCCAAGCAGCAGAGCCAGAAAGUAUCGAGAAAGAUAAAGAGCCCACCCUGGAAGACAAAAAGGAAACAGCUGAGAGCAUUUCAUCGCCAGCCUCCACCAUUCCUGAAAAUACCCCUCCUCCGGCCCCUCCCCUUCCUAUCUCAGCCCCAACAUCUCCCAGGAAGGAGCUUCUUUCAUCCUCUCCUCCAGCUGAGCACCCAAAACUCCUCCACUCUGUACCCACUCCACUCGUCAUUGCUCAGAGGAUCUCUGAGAGAUGGGCAGGAAAUGAGGGCCCAUCCCCUACAUCUACUUCAGUGGAAGGGAGGUUCAAUGGAUGGAAGACUAGGACCUUUGCCUCGCCAUCUGCUCAAAAGGGAGAGCACUCCCCGUGGCACCGGCAUACCCUGGCUUCCCAGACCGUCCCCAAGGUUCAUCGCUUCCCAAGCAACAUCAGUGUAACUAACAGUGCUGGGAAGGAUUUCAACAAGACCAUCUCCAAAGCAGCAGUCAACGUCCAAGAACGCAAGGCCCAGGUUCUGGCCAACAUCAAUGGGGUGGCCUUCCUUGCCCCAGGGGAAAUGGAAGAACGGUUACAGAAGAAUGAGCCAACUGACCAAAAAAGGAGUCUUCUCCCUGAGCAGGCCACCUGUGAUUCCAUGAGCAAGUUGAGCUUCGUCAGGGAAGCCCCAGGCUCAGGAAAAGGAAGACAAACGAGCGUCGAUCAGUGUUCCAAGGCUGUACAAACAGAACAAUCCACAACUCUACCCAACGGCUACCAGAGUAUCCAUGAUGCUUUGAAGAGUGAGCCCAGCCCUUUCGUCUCCACCAGCAAGACAAUAACAUUCCGGCCAGAUUCGUCUCUUACCAACAAGAUCACGCGGCAGAAUGCAGCCAAGAGUUUCUAUGAACAUCGGCAGGCAGACGUUGGCCAAGACGUCAGGAGAAGGUCAGGCUCCCUCCCAAGAGCGGUCGGAUUCCGACCCCAAGGCAUCACUGUGCAAUUUGCUGGCCGGGGAUCCACGGAAGAAGCUCGGCGAGAGGCUCUGAGGAAGCUAGGGCUACUAAAGGAAACUUUGUGAUGGGUGAUGCAGUGAGGGAUGCUGAAAGAGGAGGGGGUUCUGACGGGCUAGCCCAGUCUGGCAGAAUGGUUAUAACACCCACAACAUUCCCCUCCCCCUUAAAGAGCCAGGGGAAGGAGGGGGGAAGAAACGUCAGGAGUAACAGAGAUCAUUUACCUCACCGAAGAUGACUGGGAGAUACUUGGUCUGUAACAAACACAAAUACAUAAAGGCCAAUACACAAUUCCCAAUUGCUGUGCCAUUUGUGGGGUUGGAGGUUCCAGGAAAACUGGUUCUAGCUGUCAUCAAGCUUUGACAUUGCUGCCCCACAAUCCCCUGUUGGAACAUUGGUAUCUACCUAUAGAAGAUAUGCAUCCUGUCACACUUCUAAGUCUUCCUUUUUCCACACACAGGCAAAAUCCAAGACAUGGAGAGGGGGAAGGAGGUAGAGAACAAACCACAGACCUUUCAAACCCAUUGACUUCAUGGAUUGUAAAUGCCAUAACUUUUUUUUUUUUGGUUGUUUUUAUUUGGCGUUCUUGAGCCACUCACUUCCUGGCCUCUUAUAAUCAUCUUCUGUCCUGAAGUACCUGGCUUGAAAUACCAGUUCCGACUAUACCAUCUGUUGUUUUUCCUUACAUCUUUUUUUUUUUUUUUUUUUGAAGUACGACCUUCUGUUCACAUUUCUGAUCUUUAUUGUGCCUGGUAUAUCUGUUUUGGAAGGGGAGGCUUGUUUUAGCACAAAACAUGUACUUACUCCCCACCCCCCUGCAAGUGAAUGUGCCAUCUGGGUUGCAUAAGAAUUUUUUUUUUAAGAUUUAAGUGAAGGCUUUAUAGUUGUAUUACUAUAAUUUUAGUUUGAAGAGUGGAGAGGGAAUGGUGAGGACUUUGAUAAGGAUGAUGGUUUUUAAGAAAACAAGUCUGGUCAGACUGGGAACACCCAUACACACACAUUUGUAUGUUGCUUCAUAACUUUUGAUGGAGUCUUCAUUCAGUAUCUACAGGAUACAGCCUCUUCUUCCUAUAGCCUUGAUGCACUUUUAGCCAUCUUAUGUUGAGGAUGAGUGACACAGAAGAAACCCAAAGGCUAUGUGAAUGCAUAAUCAGUUUCUAAUUUUGAUAUGUCCCAUUCCUGUGAUAUUUCUGCAGCUCAAAAGUGGCUCUUCCCUUCAAACUAUUUUCUACUUCUCCCCAACUAAAAAGCUCUCCUUCACAAACCCCUCCCCCACCAAAGAAUGGAAAGAACCCGGUGUUUUUGGAACAAAAAGGGUCACAAAAGACCACGGGCUGAUUGUAUUCCCAGAACGGUCCCUGAAUUUUAUAAGCAGUUAUGUAACAAGAAGGGUGAGGAAAAGGAACUGACUCUCUCUCCCUGUUGUAUGUCUUGUAUGCCAAGUCGUAGCCAAGAACAAGUUUAUUAAUACUAUUCAAGGGUGGAAUUUUAAACCUUUAAAAAUAGAUUGGGAGGGGCUGAACUAGAAGACCCAGGGCACAGCCUUUUAGUAUUCUUGCUUAGCCAUCAUGGUAGCACAGCUAUUUCUUUCCUGUAAAUGUUGCUUAAAUUCAAACUUUUAAAUGUACUGUGAAGGAAAUUUUCCAUAGUAUUCAACUUGCCUUGUAAAUUAUAUAAAAAGAUUGUACUUCAAACCACCAGUAUUUAAUACCUCACCCCACCCACCCCCCAUGAAUUAAUCUCAUUUGUUAUGGAAUCUGGAUACUAUUUAAAAUAAGCAUUUAAUUUUCACAGCCUUUUUAAUAGUUUAUUUUAAAGUUAACUUUGUUGGCAGUGAAUGUCUAAGUGAUUCAUCAGAGCCAUGUUCUGUUAAUAGAACGAGAUGCACUCUGUUUAAUCAUUCAGAAGGAAGAAGCUGAAAAAACGUUCCCUCAGUUGAAUCUGAGGGUCUUGACAUCGCUGAAACUUUAAAAUAAUCUGUAUGUGUAACAUAACCUCUUGGUGAGGUUGCUUUGUCUUUGGUUGUUUGAAAUCUUCGUCAUCCAGUAAUUUCACUGAGUUUGAGAUGAGUUUUGCUAUUUUAGUAUAUUAAUCUUUAUGAUGUUUCUUUGAAAAAUAAACUUGGAAAUUUUCUUAA